AUGAGUUAUAGAGGCAGAGGCAGAGGCGGUGGUUACAACAACCAAUACAACAACCGCAACAACUUCAGCCAACAGGCCGUCGACGAUUUUGUCCAGCAGAACUCGGUGGGCGUGGAGAUCCUUGGAUGGAACGGAGCCAGCCCCGAAGAGUGUAUCAAUUUCAUCUCCAGGAAAUGCAAAAUCGUGGUCAGUAACCACUCGGUGGAGCCCAACACCGGCAUCCUCAAGGGUUACGUCAAGUCCAUGAACCAGGCCAACGACCUCUUGAACUGGUCGGGGGUCAAAUUCGCCGGCCAGUCCUUGCGGAUCACCAAAGCAGCAUCUGCGGACUCGUUUUCCUCCAAAAUGGGUGUUAGCAACCCCAACACCGGUAAUGCCAUCGAAGCGUUAUCGCACUUCUUGAAGUCCAGGUACCAGCCGGAGAUCAAGUUGUUGAACCUCAGUGCCGUCAAGCAGGACCCAACCGUCAAUGCGGGUGGAUUCUUCAAUUCAAACUCCACCUCGUCCAAAUUCUUCCCUGCAUUGAUGAAGGUGGCCACUGACCUCAAAUUGGACGUGGUGAGUGUCGACUUAUCCGGCAACGAGCUCCAGGACUUGUCUACAGUGUCUACCUUGGCCCAAACCUUUCCCACCUUACAGAAUCUCUCCUUGGUGAACAACAAUUUCAGCAGAGUCAAGAGCUUCGAGAUCUGGAAGAACAAGUUGAACUACCUUCGUGAAUUAUUGUUGGUAGGAAACCCUAUAAAUGACGGGGCCAAUGGAAAUGGCAAUGUCAAGAUUGAUUUAAUGAAGAUUUUCCCAAGAUUGGUGGUGUUGAACGGGGAAAUAAUAAGAAACGAGCAAGCAUUGAAAAUCAACUUGACGUUUCCUUUCGGAACCCCUGCAUCUAUGUUCUUCCAAGACGAAGAAAUCCAAAAUAUGGCCCCCAAUUUCAUUGCCAACUACUUCAAACUAUGGGACUCCAAUAGGUCAGAACUUAUGAUUCUUUACCAAAACGAAUCCCAGUUCUCCAUGCAAGUGGACUCGUCGCAUCCUCAUUUAAUAGAAACCAACGCUAACGCAUCCUAUGCCAGUGGAACUGACUUUGGUUACUACAUACCACAAUCUAGAAACUUGACCCGUGUCAGCUCAGCCAAAGUUAGAGCUUCAAGGGUUGCCACUGGACCGGAAGCAAUCUUCAAGUUGUUCUCUCAAUUACCAAAGACCCGUCACGAUUUGAUGACGAAGCCCGAAUUAUUCAGCAUGGAGAGUUACAGAUAUCCACAAUUAGGAGGUAUCAUGAUCACCAUCCAUGGUUCCUUCGAGGAAGUGGCUCAACCAGACAAUUUGGACGCAUUGAACACCAAUGGUCCCAGAGGAAGGUUCAACAACAACAAAAAGAAGAUUCCACUUUCGAAGAAGUCAUUUGAUAGAACGUUCGUGGUGAUUCCUGGUCCAAACGGUGGAAUGAUUGUUGCCAGUGAUUUGUUAUCUGUCAGAAACUUUUCUGGAACUGAUGCUUGGAACAUGUCGGACAGAAGUGUUAGUGCACCAGCAAGCAACGUGCCAACCCCACAGUCUACUACCCCUGUUCCUGGUGCUGGUGCACCUGGUGCUCCUGGUGCUCCCACACCAACCACAGCCGAUCUUCCACCUGAGAUCAAGUCCAGUUUUAAUCAAAUCCAACAGGAAGUGUUGGUAAAGAUUCUUUUAGAGACUAAGUUGAACUUGCAAUAUGGAGUGAUGCUCUGUGAACAAAGCAAUUGGGACUACCAACAAUGUACUAUAAAUUUCAAAAACUCGGUGGCCACGCUCCCCAGGGAGGCUUAUUUAUAAGUGUAUAGUUAAUGGACACUAGAUAGGAAUGCUGAUUGGAUUUGAUUUUCAAUGUUGGCUCUAUCAUACCGGGUCAGAAUGCAGUAAAUGUAAAAUUUUGCC